AUGUUGAAUGACUACUUCCCGUCGUGGCCAUGGUACUACUGGGCUGUCGGCUACGUCGUGCUCCGGGUGUUGUACACUCGCGUGCACGAAGCCCGCCUCCGCAAGAAGUUCAAUGCGCUGAAGCCCACCAACGACAACCGCGACCCCACCGGGGGUAUCAUCACCGCGUUGGUGAUGAUCCUCGCUCGUAUCAAAGGCAAGAACCCCAUCGAAGCCAUGCGGUUCCAGUUUGAACACCUCCCUAAUCCAAAAGUGCACACGUUUAAAGUGUUGAUGUACGGUAAGCCGUCGUUCAUCACUAAGGACGCCGAAAACAUCAAGGCGGUGCUUGCCACUCAAUUCAGCGAUUUCGACAUUGGUAACCGCCACGGGAUCUUGCUGCCGCUUUUGGGCGACGGUAUCUUCACCCUGGAAGGUAUGCACUGGAAACACCUGAGAGCGACUCUCCGCCCUCAAUUCGCUCGUGACCAAGUCGGCGAAGUGCUGUUGUUUGAACGUCACUCGCAGAAGUUUUUGGCGCUUGUCCGUAAAGCCAAUGGUGAGACCAUUGAUAUUAACAAUAUGUUGUACCAAUUCACCAUUGACGUCGCCACCGAGUUUUUAUUCGGUGAGUCGAUUGGUGCCCUUGACGACGCCUCGGGGUCACUGGCGCUGGUGUUCAACGCCGACUUCAAAGACGUGCAAGACAUGAUGCUGAGACGGUCGCAAGCGCAACGGUUCUACUGGGUGUGGGACUCGCCGCUGUUCCGCAAGAAGAUCCGCUUCCUCCACGACUACGCCGAGAGAUACGUCGAUAAGGCGUUGGCGACUCUGCCGGAAGAGUUGGAAGAACGCAGUAAGGACCGUUAUACUUUCUUGUACGAAUUGGUGAAAGUGACCCGCGACCGCAAGAUGCUUCGGGAUCAGCUUUUCAACAUCUUGCUUGCUGGACGCAACACCACUUCACUUUUCCUUACUUUCUUCUUUUAUGAGAUGCUGAGACGGCCCGAUCUCUGUGACAUCGUCCGUACCGAAGUGCGGGGGUUGUACGGCGAGAAGGAUGACCCUCGUCUCGACGAAAUCACCUUUGAGCUGUUGAAGCAGACGAAGAUGCUUAAGGCGUGCUUGGACGAAACCCUCAGAUUGUACCCGUUAGUGCUGACCAACUUCAGAGCGGCAAUCAAGGACACCACUUUGCCUCGCGGCGGUGGUAAGGACGGUACCGACCCCAUAGUCGUCGAGAAAGGUGCCACCGUCAUCUUCUCCACCAUUUUAAACCACCGCAACCAGGACUUCUGGGGUAAGGACGCCGAAGAGUUCCGUCCCCAACGGUGGUUCGAAGACAAGUUUAAGCGUCCCGGGUGGAACUACAUGCCGUUCUUGGGCGGGCCCCGUAUCUGUCUUGGCCAGCAGAUGGCGUUGACGGAAGCGGCGUACUUGGUGACACGUCUCUUCCAAGAGUUCGAUAACUUGGAAUCGUGCAACACCGAGUACCCACCCAAGCUCAUCGUCCACACCACCAUCAAGCCCAGCCAAGGGUGCAAGGUGAAGAUUUGGUAA